AUGAAAAACAUACGGCUAUUACAAAGAUAUCGACUACAUACUAGUACUAGAUUAUCUAACUACUCAUUGCAUAACUCAAUACCACAAGACCUACCUACAACAACAAUAUCUAAUCCCAAAAAUGAAGAACAAAUAAUAAAAAUAUCUCAACUACCCAAUUCACGAUUAAUAAGUAUAUCUGAUUAUUUUUCAGGUAAUUCUAAUCAUUUACAUCAUGUAUUUUAUUCAAAUUUAAUUCAGAAUAGAUCACGACGAGCGUUAAAAAUUGAAAAAAAAAAAUUUAUUGAUUUGAAAACUAUAAAAUUAAGUAGUGGUAAUGGAGGUAAUGGUAGUAUAUCAUUUUUUAAAGAUAAUUUAAAAAGUUUUGGACCACCAGAUGGAGGAGAUGGUGGUAAUGGCGGUAAUAUAUAUUUUAAUGUAGUUGAUAAAAAUUUAAAUUCAUUACAUUAUUUAAAUAAAAAAUAUAUUGCAAAACUGGGUGAAAAUGGUAAAAGAGGACAAUUAGAUGGUAAAAAUGGUGAAGAUAUUAUUAUUGAUAUUCCUUUGGGGACAAUAAUUCGAUGGAUUCCUGAUCCUUUGGAGUUUAAAAAAUAUAUCACAAAUAGGGAGGGUCAAUCAUUAGAUGAUAUUUUCAUGGAAUUGGAAAUUAAAGAUAAUAAAAUACAACUUAAUAGAAAUAGUUAUAAAUCAGGAGAAGGCUGGUUAUACAGAGAUAACGAACCUGAAUAUUAUCAUGAAAAAGAAUUCUUUCAAGAAUUAAAUACAAAAGUUUUAAAAUAUGAUGAAGAAUUAGAAUUUGAAGAACAACAACAAGAUCAAUUUCCUUUAUUUGGAAUAGAUUGUGAUGAAUUAACUGAAAAACCAAUAUUAUUUUUAAAAGGUGGUAAAGGUGGAUUAGGUAAUAUGCAUUUUUUAACUUCAAAUAUUAGAAAUCCAAAAUUUUGUAAAAUUGGAAGAUCAGGUAUUACAGAAAAUUUUUUAUUAGAAUUAAAAUUAAUUGCAGAUUUAGGAUUAAUUGGUUUACCAAAUGCUGGAAAAUCAAGUUUAUUAAGAGCUAUAUCAAAUGCAAAACCAAGAGUUGGACAUUGGGAAUUUACUACUUUACAACCAACUAUUGGAACUAUUCAAUAUAAGUUUGACACUCCACCUUUUACAGUUGCUGAUAUUCCGGGAAUUAUAAAAGGAGCUUCAGAAAAUAAAGGUAUGGGAUUAGAUUUUUUAAGACAUAUUGAAAGAUCUGGUGGAAUGUGUUUUGUAGUUUCCUUAGAGAGUGAAGAUCCUACAGCUGAUUUAAAUUUAUUAAUAAAUGAAGUUGGUUCAAAAAGAAUGGAAAAUAAAAAAGUUUUGGUGGUUGCAACAAAAGCUGAUUUAAGUAAUGAAGGUGAAAAUUUUAAAAUUUUAAAAAAUUAUAUUGAAACAAAGUUUAAGGAUUGGAAAAUUGUACCUGUCUGUGCUCCAAGAGGUGAAAAUAUUGAUAAAUGUUUACAAUUAAUGAGUGAAACUGCUGAAAAAGGGAGAUCUAAUUUGAAAGAGGAAAAUACUGUAAAUAACUUAUAG